UGAAAGAUUAUUUCUGCUUGGUUGUGUUCCAUGUUUAUCAUGCCUGAACUUAUUUUGAAAUGGUGCAAUCUGAAUCAACUACUAAUAGAUUAUUCGAUGCUGUUAAUUUAGACUCUGCAGUUUGGAGCACAUCUAGCAAUGAAGUUUAUUAGUUGUCUGAAAGUUAUUGCCUGGUCCAGUUAUGCCAACUUUAGAUGACAUUUUAGAACACGUUGGGGAAUUUGAUUUAUUCCAGAAACAAGCCUUUUUUUUCCUAUGUCUGCUCUCGGCUACUUUUGCACCCAUUUAUGUGGGAAUUGUCUUCUUGGGCUUCACUCCGGAUCACCGCUGCUUCAGUCCUGGUGUUUCAGAGUUAAGCAAGCGAUGUGGCUGGAGUUUGGAAGAGGAGCUGAAUUACACAGUGCCGGGUCGGGGCAUACCGGGAGAUACUUUUACCAGCCAGUGCCGGAGAUAUGAUGUGGACUGGAACCAAACAGCCCUCAGCUGCAUGGACCCUUUAGCCAAUUUUACUGGCAAUAGAAGCCACAUCCCUCUUACCACUUGCCAGGAUGGCUGGGUAUAUGACACUCCAGGCUCUUCCAUUGUGACUGAGUUUAACCUGGUGUGUGCCGAUGCUUGGAAGGUGGACUUGUUCCAAUCCUGUGUAAAUGUGGGAUUCUUUCUUGGCUCUCUGGGAAUUGGCUAUGUAGCAGACAGGUUUGGUCGCAAAGCGUGUCUCUUAAUUACAGUCUUCAUCAAUUCUCUGUCCGGAGUCCUCAUGGCCAUCUCCCCCAACUAUGUGUCUAUGCUCAUUUUUCGUUUGCUGCAAGGACUGGUCAGCAAGGGGAGCUGGAUCUCUGGAUACAUCUUAAUCACAGAAUUUGUUGGCCCAGGAUAUAGAAGAACCGUGGCUAUUCUCUACCAGAUGGUUUUUACUGUUGGCCUUGUGAUACUCUCAGGAAUUGCUUACAUGAUCCCCCAUUGGCGAUGGCUCCAGCUUACUGUUUCUGUCCCAACUUUCCUCUUUUUGCUCUAUUACUGGUGUGUACCUGAAUCUCCUCGAUGGCUGUUGUCACAGAAGAAAAAAACCAAAGCAAUAAAGAUAAUGGACCACAUUGCCCAAAAGAAUGGGAAACUACUGCCUGCUAAUUUCAAGACCCUUUCUCUUGAAGAAGAUGAUGAUACUGAAAAGCUGAGUCCUUCCUUCAGAGACCUAUUCCGAACCCCACAGAUAAGGCAGUACACUUUAAUUCUGAUGUACAUCUGGUUUUCAAGUUCUGUGCUUUAUCAAGGUGUCAUUAUGUACAUGGGGGCCACAGCUGUUAACCUUUACCUGGAUUUCUUCUACUCUGCUUUGGUUGAGUUUCCAGCUGCUCUGAUCAUCAUCUUCACCAUUGAUCGCGUUGGUCGCCGCUAUCCUUUAGCUGCCUCCAAUUUUAUUGCAGGGGUAGUUUGCUCUAUCAUGAUAUUUAUCCCCAAUGAUAUACACUGGUUAAAAGUAACCGUGGCAUGUGUUGGUAGAAUGGGAAUUACUAUUGCGUUUCAGAUGAUUUGUUUAGUGAAUGCAGAAUUAUAUCCCACAUUUAUCAGGAACCUUGGAGUGAUGGUCUGUUCUUCCUUGUGUGAUGUGGGUGGAAUCAUAACUCCUUUUAUUGUCUUCAGACUGACAGAAAUUUGGCAUGAGUUACCCCUUAUUUUAUUUGCUUUGAUUGGUGUCCUUGCCAGUGGAAUGGUAUUGCGUCUACCAGAAACAAAGGGGAAGAUGUUACCAGAAACCAUUGAAGAUGCUGAGAAGCUGGGGAAAAGAAAGCCCAAAGAAAACAAGAUCUUCCUUCAGAUUGAAAAAUCCGAAGAUGUGGACAUCUGAAAGAGAUGUGGCCUUGUUGAAAUGAUUUGUUGGAUAAAGGAAGAUUGAUUAAUCAUUGGAAAUGCAUGAGGAGAAGCACACAUUUUCUCUUAGUCUUGCUCCAUUGGUGCUACUCUGACACUUGUCCAUCAGGUUUUUGCUUAGAGCUCCAGAAAGCAGUGACAGUUUUAGAAAAAUCAUUUCUUGUUUUAUCGGUGCUCUUCCACUAACCCACUGAAAUCAUCACUGACUUUUUUAAAAAAAUCUAUUUAUCUUUUAAAAAAUCAAGAUCUUGUGAUUGUGAUCAUAUUAUUAUUAACAAUCAAUUAAAAAGUAUGUAUAUACCAGGCACUAGCUCUGUGAUCCAGCUAAACCAUUUAAUUCCCAGAUUAUUCUCUAACAUUGUAAAUCAUCAGAGGAAAUUAUAAUCUGCACUGGUAAGAAGAGUUGUUUUUUCUGGAGGUUCCUAUACCAGUGAGGAAAUCAUAAAUCUAGUGCUUCUUCAUUUUUUUUUGUACCCUUCUAAAAAUGCAGCUAUUUUUAAAUAAAUGUUGUUAGAUUAUGAAAUAUUUUUGGUAUGAAUAACUCAUAGUCAGAGGUAAUGGAGAUAAUGAUUCGGCAAUAUUAUGGUUCUCCAUUUGAUGAUAUGAAAUGGAAUUUUCUCUUUAUAAUUAUUUUGUCUUUAGUCUCUAAAUGACCUCUGAAGUUCCCCUCUGGUAAAAAGUUUAUGAUCCUAAACAUAAAAUCUUCUGAGGUUACAUGAAGGAUAUCUAUUCUGUUAAGUUUUAUAAGAAUAGGGCAGAUCUAUUAUGAUGGGGCUUACAGUUAUACGUUCACUGUGAUUUUUGAUGAUGUUCUUUUUUUGUUAGGAAUAAACAUUCAACUCUCAAAACUUUGGAUCUUUUUCUCUGAUAUGUAGUGAGUUUCAGCUUCCUUGAUAACUUCAGCAAAUAUUUCUCUAAUAAUUUUUAUAGAUUUUUUUUGUUUUUAUACUUCU